UAUAAUAUAUACGGUUGCAUAUGUGUGUAUGUAUUUUAUUGUGGAUAGCUUAAGCGGUCGCCAGAAACCGGCUCAGUGUUGUGGAAGAAGGCGAAGGAGAAAGAAAGAGAUUCUUUCAGUUUGUUACGGUUUUGGAAAGAAAGGUGUUGCAGGAUCGAAUGGCAAGAGAAUAAAGAACUGAAAAAAGGAGAAAGAGAGAGAGAGUGUGGAAAGAAAAAGAGAAACGACAGAAGAAACAACUAGAAGAGCAACAGAGAAUUAAAUAAAAGGAAUAUAUACAUUAGCAACAACAAAUCUGAGACAUUUAAUAACAAUUGGAUUUUGGAUAUACAAGAGAAAGAAGGUGGAAACAUGUACGGGACACUGACGGCACAUUUGAAACGAAUCAAGGUUCCUUCGACUGGGGAUAAAGUUUAUAAAGACGAAUGUGCUUACUCAUUCGACACACCGGAGAGUGAAACUGGUUUGUACAUUUGUAUGAAUACAUUUCUGGGUCUAGGCAAGCUAUACGUAGAAGAACAUUUCAAAAAGACUGGCAAUGGUGUUUUCUUGCAUAUUAAGCGGAGGAGAAAAACAAUUCAGAAAGCUUCAGAAGAUCCCCCUCCCUUGAAGAAACCCACUCGACUUGCUAUUGGUAAGUUUACUUCUCUUUUAGACAUUUACUGGAUCUGGGAGGUGAACCUGUCGGCUAUUGCCAUCAUUGAGGCUGAAGAUGCUCUGAAGAUGGAAGAGGCAGCAUUAGCAACAGGAUCUUGGGAAGGUGACAAGAGAAUCGUAAGCAAACAUGCUGAAAAUCUACUCCAGCUGGACAAUGGCAAGAAGAUCCCACCAACUGGCUGGAAGUGUGAAAUGUGUGAACUGACCACUAACUUGUGGCUCAACCUCACAGACGGUGCCAUCCUAUGUGGGCGCCGUUUCUUUGAUGGCAGUGGCGGUAACAAUCAUGCUGUUGACUAUUAUAACAUAACCAAGUACCCUCUGGCUGUGAAGCUGGGUACAAUAACAGCCGACGGUGCCGAUGUUUACUCUUAUGAUGAAGAUGACAUGGUAGAAGAUCCAUACCUUACCAAACAUCUGGCCCAUUUUGGCAUCAACAUUGCCUCUUUGCAAAAGACAGAAAAAACAAUGGUUGAGCUGGAGAUAGACUUAAACCAGAAGAUUGGUGAAUGGGAUGUGAUUCAGGAGUCUGGCAGUCAGCUGACACCCCUCUAUGGGCCAGGCUGCACGGGUAUGCGUAACCUUGGCAACAGUUGCUAUAUGAAUUCUGUGAUGCAGGUGAUUUUCACCAUCCCAGAUUUUCAAGAAAAAUACUUUGAUUGUAGAGAUGCCAUCUUUGCUGGUGCUCCAGUUAAUCCGACCUCUGACUUCAAUGUUCAAAUGGCCAAGUUAGCUCAUGGUCUUCUUUCUGGUGAAUAUUCUAAACCACCAAAUGAGACAGAGAUAGAUGAAGAAUAUAUGCCGCCACCUAAAGGAAUCCGACCACAGAUGUUCAAGACACUGGUUGGCAGAGGUCAUCCGGAGUUUUCUUCCAAGCGCCAACAAGAUGCUGAAGAAUAUUUCCUCCACCUCAUCAAUUUCAUUGAGCGCCAGGGACCACAUUUACCAAAAGCUACCGACUGUUUCAAGUAUAAGGUGGAAGAAAAAGUGAAGUGUGUGGCAUCAGGCAAAGUACGAUACACAUACAGAACUGACUAUGUCUUUGCGGUCCCAGUGCACUUAGAUGCAGCUAUCAAUAAAGUAUCUUUUACAACCACCCUUCUAUUAAUCUUUCUGUUUUCCAUUAUUACACUUGCCCUGGUGUCUUGCAGUUCCCCUGAAGCUCUAGUACGACCACGGAUACCUCUCACGUCUUGCAUAGAAGCUUUCGCUGCUGUUGAAACUGUUGACGAUUUCUUUAGUGCGGCACUGCAGUCAAAGUCCAUUGUCCAUAAAACCACGCGAUUUGCCUCUUUCCCUAAUUAUCUAAUGGUACAUUUGAAUAAAUUCAUUAUUGGAAAUGAUUGGGUCCCUAAAAAAUUAGAUGUGUCAAUGGACAUUCCUGAUGAAUUAGAUUUGACCGGUCUCCAAGGUACCGGCUUGUUGCCAGGGGAAGAAGAGUUGCCUACAGAAUCUACAGAACCUGAGAUUCGGAUUGAUGACAGUUUGGUCUCUCAGCUUUUAGACAUGGGUUUUCCACUUGAGGCCUGCCAAAAGGGUGUUUACUACACUCAGAACAAUGGUUUGGAAGCUGCAACUAACUGGGUUAUGGAACAUAUGAGUGAUCCAGAUUUUGAUUCUCCACUUGAACUCCUUAGUAAUAAACAGAGUAAUUCUACAGACAGUUGUCCUGAUGAGAACUCUUUAGCCAUCAUAAUGUCAAUGGGUUUUAGCCGAAACCAGGCUAUUAAAGCCAUGAAAGCUACCGACAACAAUGUAGAACGAGCUGUUGACUGGGUUCUCAGCCACACAGCUGAGUUGGAUGCUGAGAUGAACUCUGAACCUGAGUCUCUGUCAACAUCACAACCAUGUGACGAGCGACAAGAAGGACACAUCUACAGAGAUGGAUCAGGAAAAUACAAACUAGUGGCCUUUAUCAGUCACAUGGGAACGUCAACACUGGUGGGACAUUACGUGUGUCACAUCUUGAAGGAUGACCGUUGGGUGAUAUACAACGAUGAGAAGGUUGCGCUGUCUGAGAACCCACCCAAAGACCUUGGCUAUCUCUAUUUCUACAAAAGGAUGUGAUGAUGAUGAUGAUGAUAUGUUUUGUAAUUUUUUUUAGCUUUUACUUUAUAUUUUUUAUUUAUUUAUUAAUAUUAAUACCACCAUUUUACAACUAUUACUACUACAACUAUUAUUAUUAUUAUUAUUAUUAUUAUUAUUAUGGUCAGCUGGCAGAUUCUUUAGCAUGUCGGGCAAAAUGCUUAGCGGCAUUUCACCAGUCUUUACAUUCUGAGUUCAAAUUCCACCGAGGUUGACUUUGCCUAUCAUCUUUUCAAGAUUGAUGGAAUAAGUACCAGUUGAGCACUGGGGUUGAUGAAAGUGACUGACCCCCCCGUCCCCCACCAAAAUUUCAGGCCUCGAGCCUAUAGUAGAAAGGAUUAUUAUUAUUAUUAUUAUUAUUAUUAUUAUUAUUACUACUACUAUUAUUUCUAUUACCACUACUACUAUUGUUAAUACUGCUACAAUUUCUAUUACUGCUAUGACUAUUACUUCUCUGACUGUUACAAAAUAUUGUUGCGAGGUUGUAACAGCUGAGUUUGACAAAAGUCUACUGAAAUAUCCAACUUGCUAUGCCACCCCAUUACUUCCCAUUCUGGGGGUGUUUGUGAGUUCAUGCCUUGCUCUUGGCAACGCUACUGUAUUCAGUAAAAUCCUUGGGCAAAAACACUUAGCUCUUGCUUUCUCUUAUGCUUCCUGUUUAAGAAACCAUCAUCAUCACCACCACUACCAUCAUUAUUAUUAUUAUUAUUAUUAUUAUUAUAGGGCAGUGGAUGGCAGAACCAGAAAAGCACCGGGCUAAAUUCCUAGUUGUAUUUAGUUAUGUUUCUUUAAAUUUUCUCAGUUCAAAAUCUCACAGCCUUGGUUGACUUAGCCUUUCACUGAUCUUGAGUCGGAUGGGAAGGCAUAUGUGUUAAAUCAGCAACACCACUCUGUCCAAAUUGGUGGUCUUAGGCCAAUGGAAGAGUAUUAUUAUUAUUAUUAUUAUUAGAAUUAUUACAAUUAUAAAAUUAUAUUUUAAUUUUUUUUUUGUUAUUUAUUACGAAACAGCAAAAAUUACAGUAAAAAUUAUGUUAAAGAAAA